AUGAACCCAGUAGCCGGGAGCGAUCAGUUAAGUUACAAUCUCCGGUCUGAUCUGAACUUUUUGUUUUUUGAGUCACGUAUGUCAUAUUAUUAUACAUGAGACCGCGCAAAGCCUUCCUCCUUUUUGUUUCGAUUCACCUCAUUUUUGAUUUCAAUCUUUUUAGAUUUUAAUUGUCUGGCAAUUUAUAACAGUCAUUUGUGUAAUAUUAUAAUAGAAUUUACUAUUUAAUAUUAUUAUUGUGUCAUGGUAUUGGGGGUAUGGAUGUGUGCUUUUUGCUUUAUUUGUGAAUAUAGCGUACCAAGUUUUAUAAAUUUGCAGAUUUACUAUAAUAUAACAUAGCAAAAGUCAUUGUAAUCAUCUUGUUACCAUCGUAUAAUCCACUACUUUAACAUAACCGUAUGCUUUCAGUAAUGUUGGGUAUCUUCACAAUAGGUAUACUGACGAUAACAAAGUAUACCCACGCAGUAACUCCAGAACAAGUUCAUCUGACGUUGGCUGAUGACUCCAUGAAUAUUAAUGUACAGUUCGUGACGCUACACGAAGUCAUUCAGAAUCCUGGCGUCUUGUAUACAUACGAUAACAUAACAUCGCGAGUACAACCAGCUACGGUCAAAAAGUUUGAGUUUGGAAACAUUGUACGAUACAUCUACACAGCCGAGAUACGAAAUGUUCCUACCGAGACUAGGAUAUGUAAGUUAAUUUGUAACAUAUGUCUUGGUAUAUAAUGCUUACUGUAAUAGUUAAACGUCAUUAUUAGUUUAGAGAUUGCUUACUCUUUCUUUGAGACCUUUCGAAUUAUAAUCUACAACAAUACCACUUCAGAUUACCGUGUUGGGUCUCCAGAUGAAUGGUACCCAGAGCCCUUUACCUACUACUUCUACUGCUUUCCUGAAGACCUCUACAACAAGAGCUACAACGUCGCCAUAAUGGGUGACCUAGGAGUAGAGAAAGGCGACUCUUUACCGUACCUGAUAGCAGACGCCAGAGCUGGAAGAUACGAUUUGUUGGUACAUGUUGGUGACAUUGCAUACGAUCUUCACACGAACGACGGUAAGACCGGCGACGUGUUUAUGCGGCUUCUGGAGCCUGCCGUAGCUCUCGUACCGUAUAUUGUGAUAGCGGGGAACCACGAAGACGAUGGCUACAACUUUUCCAACUACAAGUACAGGUUUGACAUGCCCAACGAUCCUUAUGGAGACAAUCAGUUUUAUAGGUAAUGAGGGUUUCUUUUGGUCUUUGCUCUUAUAUUUGGUUAGAUGACAUUAUUGUAGACACUGAAGUGGCAUUAUAUUAAAAAUUUUUAAAAAAUGACAUUUCAAAGUAUUUUUGGAAGUUUUCUUAUGUAUUUGUCACAUUUUGACUACUGUACUUUCAGUUUUGACUUGGGCGCAGUACAUUACAUAGGCAUCAGUACUGAAGUGUACGGUUUCUUCUACGAGUACGGUCAAGAUUCUGUUCAUACUCAAUAUAACUGGCUUAAAGAAGAUCUCAGGGUAAGUAUUAUUUGAAUAUUACAGUAACUACUGAAAUUAUUACAAAUUAAGAGCUUCGUCCUGUUAAAUAGCCUUGAUUCUACAAUAAUACUUAACUGUAAUAUAAUAUUUUAAUUUCAGAAAGCGAAUCAGAAUCGCGACAAAGUCCCCUUCAUCGUGACUUGGCAACAUCGUCCCUUCUACUGUUCCAACAGUAACUCCUUUGAAUGUGGCAGUUUCGAGAACUCUUUGGUAUGUUUACAGUUCUAUUUUACUACUUAUACCUGUGUUUUAUGCUCAAACAUCACACAAACUUUCAAUAUAACUAGCUUUUUAAUUUCGCUCACUUUUCGGUUCAAAUAAAUUAAAAACGAGAUUUAUAUUUGAAUACCAUAACCCUUUGAGAGAACUACAAAAGAAGAUUACUUUAGCAAAGAAAGUGAAAGAUUAAUAUCGUCGCUUUCGCCUUCUAAUACCUUUUCUUCAGAUUCGCAAAGGCUUCCAGGAUAUGCCCGGAUUAGAAGACCUUUUCAUCGCGAACGGUGUGGAUCUGGCGUUCUGGGGUCACGAACACACCUACGAACGCUUCUACCCCAUCUUCAACCGGACCGCCUUCAAGUCGAGUGACCUCUCCCCCGACCCCUACGAGAACCCCGUAGCACCCGUCUACAUCAUCACUGGGACAGCCGGCUGUCACACGACUCCAGCUGCCUUCGCCGAAGUGCCAGUUGCGCACAGUGCCUUCAGAAGCCAGGACUUUGGUUAUACGAUCAUGAACGUGAGGCACGAUCAGCUGGACAUCAGCCAGAUAUCUAUCAACAACAACCGUACUCACGUCAUCGACCACAUCGUGCUCAGGAAGACCAAAGGAGUACAUCCGAGUGUGGUGAGGUCGAAAAGACAUACUGGGCAUCCCUUCCCUGCCCCUGAAGAACAAUGGCAGUGCAAUACGAAAGACCCGAGAUGCAAACAAAUGAGACUCGACUCAUUGCGACAGUCUAACAGAAUAUGA